GACACGCUCUCAAAGGUAUAUAAAGACAGAGAGAAGAGAAUGAAUUAAAACCUUGCUUCAAAACCCUAACGGCCCCCCGCAGAGAAAGAAAAGCGAAGGCUGUUUGUUAGAAGAAGAGGAGAAGAGAUGGCGAAAUCGAUGAGGUCGAAGAGAGAAAAGAGGCUUCGGGCAAUUCGGAGAGAGAUUGUGGAGCCCUUCUACGACAACAAAGACUCCGCUAAGCUCGCUGCUCAAGAGGCUGCCCUCGCCGCCCCUAAGCUACCCGUGCGUCCCCCCCCAAAUUCCACCGCUGCUAUGGACCUAACCACCACCACCAGUAAGACUGACAUUAGCUCUACGGCUUCAAUCUUGUCAGUUAAUGCGAUGGAUGUGGAGAUGGCUGAUGGUAAUCAAAACGUAGGUUCCUUAAAGCCUGUUGGUGGAAUAGGGAAGAAGUCCAAAAGAAAGUUCAAGGUGGGUAAAGGCAAGCGCCGUGGUAAGGGCAUCCGGAGGAAGCGUCACAUUUGAUUCCAUGGCAGAUAUUGGUAAUGACUUCUCUUCAUGUGUUGAUGCUCUGUCGAAGCCAGUGUGCAAUCACUGUACUUAUAAGACGUGUAUUCUAUAUUCUGUUUUUAAGUUUCCUAGGUAUUAAGUUAAGAAAGUUGUUAAUUGACAUGAAUUGUAACUGUCCUGUCCUUUUUUCAGAACUUAUUAAUGUGCAUGGAUGACACUUUGCCAUGCACUUAUAGAGACUUUUAGGUGUCAUCGUCGCCAUGUAAUUUUGAUUUGGGUUGUAAGGACAUCUCUACCUACAUGGCUACAUUCAUUCAACUGAGAUUGUUAA